AUGUCAGGGGCUCACACAAUGGCAGGCGUCAUCGGCCUGAUGUUGUCCAUCCCUUUGUGGCUGUUGACCUCCUGGAGACUUUCCUUUCAUUUUAACGGUGGGAGUUCACGAUGGACUCUUCGGAGGCGCUUCCACGUCCUGUUAUGGUGCGCCACACUGUCGGAAGCCAUUGCCUAUGCCGACUUUGCUGGUUUAGUGGCUCCCAUCUUCGGCAGAGCGUUCUCGGAUAAAAUCGGCUACAUUCUCUUGGAUCUAGCAGGGCGGAGCAUAUUCGAAUUUCUCGCCUUUUCUUCCGUGACAGAACUCUGGCUGCAAACAUCGCUGCAAGCCAGUCCGACAACAAUCUCUCGACAUUACCAUCAGCGAUCACUCUUGAUUCGCACGCUCAAUCGAGUGCUGGGAGGAGUUUCCGUCCUCAUGUCGGGGAUACUGAUAGUCUACCUGUUGCUCCUGACGACGGGCGAACCCAUUGAAAAAAUAGAAAAGUCGGAACUCCUGUUUCGAAUACAAAUUCUCAUGGAAUCUCUGGCAUGGGCCGUCGGGGCUGCAUUUGUGCUCAUGUGCAUUCAAAUCACCAAAGAACGAAUUCAAAUCAGCUUUGCAACCUUUCCUCCUGCCGACGAGGCCGAACGCAUCAACCUACAAGUGCAAGCUUUGGCGCCCAUGGUGGUUUGCGCCUCGUGUUACGGUCUACGGGCCUUCUUUUUAUUUUGCCGAUUAGUGGGAGCCGAAUCGGCAGUCUUUGUCGCCACCAUGCGAUUCCAUCCCGUGUGGUGGCUAUUCUUUGUGUGGGCACCCACACUGCUGGUUGUGGCAGCGGCACUGUAUGCGGCUCGACGAAGAGAUCGCAGUGCCCUUCUCGAUGGAGGUGGUGGCGACCCGUUGCUUCCCGACAAUCAUAUUCCUCUCUUGGGACAAUUGGGACAACCAUCCGUGCCGCCUCCAGCGGCCGCAUUUCAAAACUUUCGACGCUUUGCCGAAGGGAUCACGACGCCAUCUCCCUCGGUGGGACCGUCGUCCCCUGUCAAGACUCCCCAACAGAGUAAUGACGACGACAACAACAAUAAUCACCAAACCAGUCCUCUACGAACGUUGGAUGCCAGUAGCAAUUUGGGAGACUUUACGGUGGUAUAGGCACACGGGGGGAUUUGCAUCAACCGGCCCGGUUCAUCACUGCGUUUUUGAAGCGAGGGUGAAGCACUUGGAGGAGCCUCCACCGCAAGAUUUUUCUCAGCUUCAUUCAUGUUGGGUAGUGCAUGUACUACAUUUGCCACAUUUAUUUAUGCCACCAAUUACACGCCUCUAGCUAGAGGAACACCAUACAUUCUGUAAAAGUUAACCGAUGAACAUAAAACAACUAGUUAGUUGUUGUGUAUCAAUUGCUGUUC